GGUUUUUAUGCAUUUUUAUUAUCAGUUCCAGAUUAGGAAUCUGAUACUAAUUUUUUCUUAAAGCCAGUGUUCAGAGUACAGCUUAUACUCUAAAACAAAACCAGGAUUGUGAUGUUUUUCUCUCACUAGCUUGCUCUUUUUUGGUUUGCUUUUUUUUUUCCUCUCCCUGGCUUUACUCCAAGGACCUUUUCUGCUUUUUGCUACACUUUCGAGAUGAAGCACCGGAUGGUUACAGCAGUGCUGGUAGCACUGGUACAGGUUUCACAGAGUUUCCCUGCCUUGUACCACCGAGGCUGGUGGAGGCUGCUAAGGGAAGGAGAUAGUUGUGGAAAAUGUGAUUUGGCACUCUGCUCUGAGCCCAAGGACUGUCCAGCUGGGGCUGUGCUGGAUCGCUGUGGCUGCUGCCCGGAAUGUGGCAACGUGGAAGGUCAGAUCUGCGACUUGGACCAGGGCAAUCAUUUUUAUGGGCAAUGUGGGGAUCACCUCGAGUGCAGGUUGGAUGCUGAUGAAGCAAGGUUUGGGGAAGUCCCUGAACCGCAGUGUGUGUGCAAAUCUCAAGAAAGCAUCUGUGGAUCUGAUGGGAAAACCUACGAAAACAUCUGUCAGUUCAACAAGGCUUAUGCUGCGAAAAGAAACAUCAGUGUGAAACAUAAAGGGCCAUGUGAAUCAGCUCCUGUUAUUUCUAUGCCACCUCAGGAUGCCCAGAAUUACACUGGCAAUGAUGUCAUUUUUGGCUGUGAGGUGUCAGCCUAUCCUAUGCCACAGCUUGAAUGGAAAAAAAAGGGGAAUAAAAUGUUUCUGCCAGGAGAUGAUAGCCACGUCUCCGUUCAGGCAAGAGGUGGGCCUCAGAAGUAUGGUGUGACAGGCUGGCUGCAGAUUCAAGGCCUCAAAAAAUCAGAUGAAGGCAUUUAUAUCUGCCACACCAAAAAUAAGCAUGGUGCAACAUAUGCCUCUGCAAGAUUGAAAGUCAUUGAUGGCCCGUCUCCUGCAUUUGCAUUUACUGCUGGCAGUAGAAGUGCAAGCUACAGCGUUGAAUACGAGGAGUAUUAUGACACCUCUGAUGAGGAAGAUGAUGAAGAAUAUGAAUCCGGGAACUACGAUAAUGAAAACAAUUCUGAAUAA